AUGGCGGCGGCGAGGCUGACGGUGACGCGGCGCGACGCGGGCGCCGUGGAGCUGGCGCUGGGUCCCGGCGGCCACCGCGCGCUGCUGACGGCCGAGCCCUUCCGCCUGGACCUGCUGCUGGGCCGCGAGCUGCUCUGCAGCGUCAACGCGCGGGGACUGCUGCGCAUGGAGCCGGCUCGGCGGCGCCCGUGGGGAUGCGGACACACGCGUGGGGACCCGUGGGGACGUGUGGGGCCACGGGUGCCCCCCGCCGCAGGGCCCAGCUCCGUGGGCCUCGACUUCUCGCUGCCGGCCGUGGAGCACGUGUACGGGCUGCCCGAGCACGCCGAGAGCCUGCGGCUGCGCCCCACCGAGGGCGGCGAGCCGUACCGCCUGUACAACCUGGACGUGUUCCAGUACGAGGUGCGCAGCCCCAUGGCGCUGUACGGCGCCGUGCCGCUGCUGCUCGCCCACAGCGCCCGCCGCUCGCUCGGCAUCUUCUGGCUCAACGCCGCCGAGACCUGGGUGGACAUCGGCGCCGGCGCCGCCGGCAAG